AUGUCGGGCGCUACCUUCCACGUCGAGCUACCCUCGCGCGACCUGUUCAAAUUCCCCCCGGACUGGGCCCCGCCCGCGCUCGCGCCGCCGCAGCCUACUGGCACUCUCAGAGCUCCCUUUAGCAUCAGCGCCGAGACGUAUAAUGCGCUCCUGUCCGCCAAGGUCCCCGCGACUAUUGCGACCGUCUACGCGAUCACUGUCACCCUGCUCAACCGCUACAACAAGAGCCGCGGCAACAAGCCGUGGGCCAUCAGCAAGACCCGCAUCUUCUACGCUUUCGUCAUCCUCCACAAUGUGUUUCUGGCCGUGUACUCGGGCGUCACCAACGUUGCCAUGGCGAGGGCCCUCUACCGUCUGACUCCUGGCCUGAAUGCCGGUUUGGUCGAGAAUGUGGACGCAUACUGCAAGAUUCAUGGGCCCCGCGGACUCGGAAAUGCUGUUACCUUCAACAACACUAGCGAGGCCUGGGAGGUGAAGAACACCCAGAUUCUGCUGGGCGCAAAUGGUCAGCCUGAUCCUACCGACGUUGGCAGGAUGUGGAACGAGGGUCUUGCAUUCUGGGGCUGGUGGUUCUACUUGUCCAAGUUCUACGAGGUGCUUGACACGGUCAUCAUUCUGGCGAAGGGCAAGCGCAGCUCCACUCUGCAGACCUACCACCACGCCGGCGCCAUGCUCUGCAUGUGGGCUGGUAUCCGCUUCAUGUCGGCUCCUAUCUGGAUGUUCGUCUUCAUCAACUCGGGCAUUCACGCGCUCAUGUAUCACGGCCAGUACACAUACUACACCGUCUCCGCUCUCGGUGUCCGCGUCCCGCAGCCGAUCAAGCGUACCUUGACCACCAUGCAAAUUGCACAAUUCGUUAUUGGCGCAAAUUUCGCGGCUCUCCACCUCUUCGUGUCGUACACCGUUCCAGUCUCGACUCCUUACACUCUCGUCCACACUGUGACGUCUGCGGCUGCUGAGGCUGCUUCCGCUGUGUCUUCCUCUGCCACCUCUGUCGCCGCUGUUGCUGGUGCCACCGGCCUUGGCUCUGUGAUCAAGAAGAUGCUCCUCCGCGCAGCUGGCGAGGAGGGACUGGCAGAGAAUGUGCGUGACGACUCUGGCAACAUUUUCGGAGCGGAGGCCGGCAAUACUGCUGCGACCCGCGAAGAGAUCAAGUGGAGGGACGAGUACGUCCGGGUGCCCUGCAUUGACACCACUGGCCAAUCAUUCGCAAUUUGGUUAAACGUCAUCUACCUGAUGCCUCUGACCGCGCUCUUCGUCCGCUUCUUCAUCCGUUCCUACAUCAAGCGCACCAGCCAGGCCUCCAAGGUCAACGCCACUUCGAAGGCGGCCAAGGACGCGACUCACGGCAUUGAGCGCGAGAUGCACGCUACGAACGGUUCUGCGAAUGGGAAGCCUCACCAGAAUGGAUCCGCUAAGCAGGAAAACGGCGGUCUCAGCACCACCAACCCCAACAAGAACGAAAAGAGCUACGCCGAUAUGGUCAAGCCCUAA